AGGAGCGGCGCCCCUCCUCCUCGGCCUCUCUCCGCCUUCUUUGCAGCAGCAGCAGCGCCACCGCCGUCGCUCUCCUUCCUACAAGCGUGUGGAGACAACCGGGACAGCCGCCGAGCAAGGACCGCGCUGCGCUUCUGGUCUCCCGGAGGGGAAGGUGGGCGCUCUCGGUCUCUCCACGCGAGACGAACUACCAGGGAGAGGCGCCGGCUGGAACGUGCGCGACGAAGGACAGAGCUUGGCUCCCCAUGCCGUGAACUUGCGCCGGCUCCCAGGAGGCAGGAUCCGAGGAAGCGGCGGCUGUGUGGAAGAAAAUGUCAGUCAGCAUGCACGAGAAUCGGAAGUCUAGAGCCAGCACUGGCUCUAUAAACAUAUAUUUAUUUCACAAAUCUUCAUAUGCUGAUAGUGUCCUCACUCAUCUGAAUCUGCUGCGUCAACAGCGUUUAUUUACAGAUGUACUUCUCCAUGCUGGGAACAAGUCAUUCCCGUGUCAUAGAGCUGUUCUAGCUGCCUGUAGCCGAUAUUUUGAAGCCAUGUUCAGUGGCGGUCUUAAAGAAAGCCAAGCCAGUGAAGUCGACUUCCACAAUUCCAUCCAUCCAGAGGUUCUAGAACUUCUCCUGGACUAUGCGUACUCUUCAAGGGUCAUCAUCAAUGAAGAAAAUGCAGAGUCCCUUUUGGAGGCAGGUGAUAUGUUGGAAUUCCAAGACAUUAGAGAUGCUUGUGCAGAAUUCUUAGAGAAGAACCUUCAUCAUACUAAUUGUCUUGGCAUGCUGCUACUGUCGGAUGCUCACCAAUGUACCAAACUUUAUGAGCUCUCUUGGAGGAUGUGCCUUAGCAACUUCCAGACCAUCAGUAAAAGUGAAGAUUUUCUCCAGCUUCCAAAAGACAUGGUUGUUCAGCUGCUUUCUAGUGAAGAAUUAGAGACUGAAGAUGAACGUUUAGUAUAUGAGUCUGCCAUGAACUGGAUUAACUAUGAUCUAAAUAAACGCCACUGUGAUCUGCCAGAAUUAUUGCAGACUGUGAGACUGGCUCUUUUGCCAGCCAUAUAUCUAAUGGAAAAUGUGGCUACUGAAGAGCUCAUCACCAAGCAAAGGGAAAGUAAAGAGAUUGUAGAAGAAGCAAUCAGGUGCAAAUUGAAGAUUCUGCAGAAUGACGGUGUAGUCACUAGUUUAUGUGCUAGACCUCGAAAAACUGGGCAUGCCUUAUUUCUUCUGGGAGGCCAGACUUUUAUGUGUGACAAAUUAUAUCUUGUUGACCAAAAAGCAAAGGAGAUCAUUCCAAAAGCUGACAUCCCAAGUCCAAGGAAAGAAUUCAGUGCGUGUGCAAUUGGCUGUAAAGUCUAUAUUACUGGUGGUCGAGGAUCUGAAAAUGGAGUCUCUAAAGAUGUUUGGGUAUAUGAUACACUUCAUGAAGAAUGGUCCAAAGCAGCUCCAAUGCUAGUUGCUCGCUUUGGUCAUGGUUCUGCUGAACUCAAACACUGUCUAUAUGUUGUAGGAGGUCACACAGCAGCCACUGGUUGUCUUCCAGCCUCUCCUUCAGUAUCCUUAAAACAAGUAGAACAGUAUGAUCCUGUGACUAACAAAUGGACAAUGGUUGCCCCACUUCGAGAAGGAGUAAGCAAUGCUGCUGUAGUCAGUGCAAAGUUAAAACUCUUUGCUUUUGGUGGUACCAGUGUCAGUCAUGAUAAGCUUCCAAAAGUACAAUGUUAUGACCUGAGUGAAAACAGGUGGACUGUACCAGCCACUUGUCCUCAGCCAUGGCGAUACACAGCUGCAGCUGUUCUCGGUAACCAAAUUUUUAUUAUGGGUGGAGAUACUGAAUUCUCUGCUUGUUCAGCUUAUAAAUUCAACAGUGAAACCUACCAGUGGACUAAAGUGGGAGAUGUGACAGCUAAGAGAAUGAGUUGCCAUGCUGUUGCAUCUGGAAACAAAUUAUAUGUUGUGGGAGGCUACUUUGGAAUCCAGAGAUGCAAAACAUUAGAUUGUUACGACCCCACGCUUGAUAUGUGGAACAGCAUAACCACAGUGCCCUAUUCACUAAUCCCAACUGCAUUUGUGAGCACAUGGAAACAUCUCCCUUCUUAAUAACUGCAUGUGUGCCUAUACAGUUUAUUGCAUCAUAAUGCUGAAUAAACCUUGGAACCAACUGUGGAGAAGUGGUUUUGAUGAAGACAUUUCUUUUUUGAAUUUGAAGAAGAUCCUCUGCACCUUCUAAAUUCUUAAAAGUUGGAAAUGAAGGAAUGGGAGUGGGAAUAUUGUUUUUGGUAUAUCAGCACAUGGUUUAAUUAUGAAUGAAUGAACCCAUGGUCGGGUCCUUGUGUUAGUAAUUGUGGAUUAAUGUCAAGUUUAAUAAUUCUUUCAAAGGGGAGGGGAGGUAAGGGCGGGGAUGAACUUUUCAGAGUUGCAUAACACAGCACAACCCUCAAUUUUCAUGGACUUUGCUUUUUGUGUGGAAAAUUUGAAAUGGUUGUCACUUCCCUUUGUAACAAUUUGAAGUGUCAACAGCAGCUGCAAAAGAAGCGGACAAGGCCUGGUUCAGCAAGAUACAUCUCUUUGUGAGUGAAGAUGCAGCUCUGCCCAGGGCGAUGAGCUUUGUCCUAGGCAGUGCCAGGAGCAUCGGUUUCAAUUGGUGAGCUGAGUUGUGGCUCUGAAUUACUUUCUUAG